CCCUCACGGAAAUCCGCAUUGACUUUGCACUAGUUUUCAGCUUUAUCUCCAUCUCAGCUCAGCUCAGCAUAGCACCAGCGCGCCCACGAUAUCUUGAAGACCAUCAUCUCAAUCCAUUCGAAGUUGAUACUACGGCGGUAACUCAUUUGAUUUGUACGUCCAGUUAUUGGAGUGAGAAGUUGCAAACAUCACCUGCUUUUGAAUUAUACACCAUAAACUUCUAAAUAUUCCAGAAAGAUGUCCCAGGAACUCACCAUUAAUGCCGAUCAACUUACUGAGGAGCAGAUUGCAGAAUUCAAGGAGGCUUUCUCCCUCUUUGAUAAGGAUGGCGACGGCACCAUCACUACAAAGGAGUUGGGCACAGUGAUGAGGUCACUGGGUCAAAACCCUACUGAGGCUGAACUUCAGGACAUGAUCAAUGAAGUAGAUGCUGACGGAAACGGAACGAUCGAUUUUCCAGAGUUCUUGACGAUGAUGGCGAGGAAGAUGAAGGAUACAGAUAGUGAAGAAGAGAUCAGGGAGGCUUUCCGUGUAUUCGACAAGGACGGCAACGGAUUUAUCAGUGCUGCCGAACUUCGUCACGUCAUGACAAACCUUGGAGAGAAACUGACAGAUGAGGAGGUCGAUGAAAUGAUCAGAGAAGCUGAUAUUGAUGGUGAUGGACAAGUCAAUUAUGAAGAAUUCGUAACGAUGAUGACAUCAAAGUGAAGUGGAGGCCUGCCAUCCUAUGUCUGUCUUGCCUUUCAUUUGGACUUUGUACACGCCAAUCAGCCAUCGGUCAAUUUCAUCUGCGUAUUCAACCCCCAACCAAUCAAUAAUAUACUGUAUAUAAUACGAGUAAUGUGAUGACUGAAAUAGCCAGGACGUUGUCGAUGAGGCGUGAUUGGCCUGAAGGCCCGUUUGUUUUCCAACACAGAUGGCGCUCUUCAAUCAAUGAUCAGCACUCUCAAACCAUGGACCUAUUAUCGAGGUCCAUGCUCAAACCAUCUUAAUUAGUCAAUAAUUUUUCUGUUCCAAUCUCUCCAGUCAAUAUCAACGCAUUACAAUGCGCUGAUGUUCGUCUCUUUACCCACUACUAUUCCCAUUUUUUUAAUGAUUUGUUAACAUGAUUAUUUAUUAAGAAAAUAUGUAAAUGUUGAAAGACUCAAAUUAAAUUAAUAUCUGAUGGUGAUAAGAAGAUACUCCCAUAACAUGUACUUGAUAUGUACAUUUCUGUGAAGUGCCUGAUGAUGUACAAUUCUUAGGGGAAAACAUUCUUUUUACUUUUUAGAUUUUUCUUUUUUAUACUUGUAAAGAUUAGUGUACUUCUAAUGUUUUGACGAGGAUUGUUUACUAUUAAAAAAAAUAAAACAAAUAUCUAUCUUA